AUGUCGGCUAAUCUACAAACCAAGCUAGAGAACUCUCUCAAUGAAGUUCUAAAAACUGCAGGCUUUAUAUUCGAGGUCAUCAAUAAUAACAAGAAGCAGAGUGCUUUAAUAACAGGCCCCAAUAACCAGCUAAUACAGCCGACAAUUAUCAAACAACUAACAAACCACAUCAAUGAGUUCGAUUCAAUACUUGAUGAAACUGUUUUCAAAUUCAAUGACGCAAAAUGGUGCAUUGAUACAAUGAUAGAGAAUAAGCAGAAACAAGAGGAGAUGAAAAUAAAGGAGGAACUAGAGAGGCAGAAACGAGAGGCCGAGGCGAAGCGAUUGAAAGAAGAGAAGGAAGCUAAGAAGAAAGCAGAGGAGGAGGCUGCAGCAAAAGCAAAACUAGAAGCGGAAGCCAGGUCGAAGGCGGAAGCAGAAGCAAAAGCCCAAGCGGAGAAAGAGGCCAUCGAAGUAGAACGACAGAGACAAGAGGAGCAAGACAAGAAAGAACGCGAAGAGGCCGUUGAGAGAGAGCGGAAGGAGACAGAAGAGAGGAGUAGACAAGAGCAGCAACAGAAGUUGCAACCCCAGAACCAAACGCAAAAACAAUUUGACAACUUUGAUGACUUGAUGGAUUUCAACAUGGAUGAUCUAGGUCAAGAUAAUGACAAUGCAGCCAUCAACGACCAGAACGACUUUUUGGCAUCUAUGAAUUAUGACAACAUGAACAUGGACAUGGCCUUAGAAGAUACAAACAAAGCCGACAAUGGUGUAUUUGAUGAUUUCAAUAUCGAUGACUUAGACACAGGCAAUAAUGAGCCGAAUAAAUUGGCAAGUGCCAACAAUACCAACGAAAGCACUGCUAGCAAAAAGAACAAUCCCCACAAUAAACCCGUAGAGAAUGUGGAUGACAUGGGUUUGGAUAUGAACAAUUUACUAGGCAAUGAUGAGCUGAUACUAGAUGGAUUAAACAUGAGCUUAUUAGAAGGCGGACUCGAUGCUGGGGACGAUGCAGGUAACCCCAUCGAUUCACAGUUGGGUGACGAAUUUGAUGUUGACAAUUUUUUGAAUCAGUUUGGUAAUUAG